AUGAUGGGUUUCAAAGACACGCUAGAUUACGAGCGCUACACCUGUCUGACCGGUGGUCGACCUGAUGAUAAACUACCACCCCUAGACUUCCAGAAUGGAUCUGUCCGCCUCGUCCCUGGCGAGGUCUGGUGCCGAUGGCGAGAGGAUAUCAGCGAGAUCCUGUGCGACUCCGAUGGGUACCAUGACGAGCGAUCCCUACGCAAACACUAUGAACGAGUCCAUGGCGCAACACUCAGCGAAAAGCAUCCCACGGAAGGAGAAAGGAAUCAAGGAAUGAUCUCGAGAUGGUACGCAGACGUUGUGAACGGACUUCAGCCCUCUUGGCCAAGUUCCGUCCAGACUGCUCGACUAGCUACCCGUGACCUAGCCUCGGGUUCCGUGCAUAACCAAGUAGACUACCAGAGUGCAGUCAGACUCGCCCGGCUAUUCAACAAGCAUAGCCCAGAUAUGCCCCCAAAGGUCGGAGAAGAGCUGCGUGACAUGCUCGUCAGCGGUGCGUUCCGGCACACAAAAGACUCUUUGGAACAGCCUAUCAGGCACCAGCUCAGCAAGGAGAUGUUCGAUGCUGUCAACAACGAGCCCAAGUGGUGUAAUAUCACGUACGAACGGUGGUUCAUCUUGGUCGGUGUGUAUGGCGUCAAGACACUGCGACAGGAGUGCCAAGGUAUUGUCGACGCCGUUCUCACUCGUUGCGGAGAAGAGCUCGAUAAGAGCUUGACCUACAAGGGCGGCCCAGACGACAGCAAACCGCACGGCAGUACUUUGAUCACUCAAAUGUCUGGCAUUAUCUCCAAGCAACAGAAGGAAAUCGCCCACCUCAGAUUGGUCGUGGAAGGGUUAUCUGCUGCCGGACGUUGA